AUGGCGAAUGCAAUAGUGAAGGUAUUUCCUGAAACAAAACAUAGGUUAUGUGUUUGGCAUAUUUAUCAGAAUGCUGCAAAGAAGUUGAGUCAUGUAUUUCAUGGAGCAGAACAAUUUGCCAUGGACUUUAGUAAGUGUGUAUAUGACCAUGAGGAAGAACAAGAUUGGUUAUUGGCAUGGAGUGAUAUGCUCGGGAAGCAUAAAUUGACGGAGGAUAAAUGGUUGAAGAAUUUGUUUGAGCUCAAAGAAAAAUGGGCAAUGGUAUAUGGACGUCAUACUUUUACAGCAGAUAUGGAAGUGUAUACGCCUGAAGUUUUUAGCUUGUUCCAGAGGCAAUAUAUAGUUAUCGGUGAUUAUGUUGCUACAAAAGUCAAUAAGUCUGAGAUGGUGUAUGAAUACAAAGUAUCUUAUCGUGGUGUGACACGAGAGCAUUUGGUUAAUUAUGAUGAUAUAAGCCAAACAAUACAUUGUGGUUGCAUGAAGUUUUCUUUUGCUGGGAUCUUAUGUCGUCAUGCAUUGAAAGUGCUGGACAAAAAAAAUGUUAGAAGAAUUCCAUCUACAUACAUUCUAACUCGAUGGAGCAAAGAGGCAAAAACACGAAGAAUAUCUUAUUAUCAUCCGAAGACACUUAAUGAAACAGAGAAGCAAUCGAUUGGAAGGCGAUACAGCCAUAUAUGUCGUACUUUCCGUGAAAUUGCAUCUGUUGCUGCUGAUCAUAUAGAGUUGACGUUGUGCGCAAAUGAAGAUGCCAUUCAAUUGCUUAGAAAAUUGGAGGAAAAGAAAAAAGAACUUGUGAAAGCUAAUGCAUGGAUGCCCCAAAGCUCAGAUGUUGGACUUGUGGAAGAAGAAGAAGAAGUAGAAGACAAGGAAGUUCCAAAUGCACGUGGAAUAAAAAGAAAAGCUUCUGUUGGACGACCAAAGAACCAAAAAGUUGGUCCCCAUGAUCGAUACUUGAAUGUUCUUGAAGACACUACUCUUACUCCAGAUACUCAAUUAUCUGUUACUACCACUAGUCCGACCUUACAUCAUGAGUCAUUUAUCUCACAAGUGUUCAAGGAAUAUGACAAGAGUUAUGGUGGUCCAUCUUAA